AUGUCAGACAUAAAACCAUCUAGCUUAAAGGUUGUUGACCUUCGCGCUGAAUUGAGCAAGCGAGGUUUACCAACCAAAGGUAAGAAAGAUGAGCUCGUUGCUCGUUUAACCGAGGCACUCGCAGCACCAGCAGCGGAUGAAAACACCACCAACAACGAACCUGUCAUCGAGGAGGAGCCCAAGGAAGUUGUAGAAGAGAAAGAAGCCGCAUCUGUUGUAGAGCAACAAGAGCAACAACAAGUAACCCAAGAGAUAACUGUUACUACUGUUGUCAAUGAGGAUACUACUCAAAGAACUGUGAUUGAAGAAAGUAAUGAAGAGCAAUUGAUUGUUAAACCUGCAGAAGAAGUAGUUGCACGACCCGCUGAAGAAGUUGUUGAAAUGCCAGCAGAGAAAGUGAUUGAAGAGCCAGCAGAGAAAGUGAUCGAAAAGCCAACCGAAGAGGUGAUGGUGCAAACUACGGAACAAGUGAUAAAGAAAGCUGAAGAGCAGAUCAUUGAAAAGCCUGAUAAGCAAAUGAUCGAAAAGAUUGACGAGCAGCUUGUUGAAAAAUCUCAAGAACAACUCAUUGAGAAGCCUGACGAGCAAAUGAUUGAAAGACCUCAAGAGCAACUCAUCAAAAAGCCUGAGGAACAGGUCAUUGAAAGCCAAGCCAAUGAAUCAUUGGAUACAGGGCUCAAGAGAAAGAGAUUAGAGAAUGAUGAACCCGAAGAUGAGAAACGAUUGAAAACAGAGCAAGAGACACCAUCCGACGCAACAAGUGAAACAGCCUCUUUAUACAUCAAGGGGUUUGUUCGACCUUUGAUUAUCAAGCAUGUCCAAGAACUCCUUUCGAAAUAUGGCACAGUAAAGCGAUUUUGGAUGGACUCUAUAAAGACACAUUGUUAUGUCACUUACGAAACAGCACCGCAGGCAAAGGAGGCUUGCCAUCAAGUCAAUGGCAUCAAAUUCCCUGCAGAUACAGGUCGAUUGCUUACCGUUGGAGAACUUACAUCCGAACAAGCCGAUAAACUGAUUGACUAUGAACAAAAUGCAGCAGAGAAACGUAUCAAGGUCGAUUGGGAAUCUAUGCUGACUCGAGUCAUGGCUGGAGAAGCGACUGCUAUCACAUCAGCCAGUGCUGCCGAAGAGAGAAGAGUGCGUACAGUGGGCAUCAAUCAAAUCAUCACAAAGCAACUCGCUCAGGCGCAAGCUCAGGCUCAAUCUCACUCACAAACAAAUGAAUACGCCAGAUCCAUACCAUUGCCUCCACCCUCCACAAAACCCAAAGAAAUCUCUUUGGACGACUUAUUCAGAAAGACCAAAUCACUUCCUCCACUCUAUUACCUCCCCAAUACUGAUCAAGAAGCCAAGUUGAAGCUUGAAAAGCUUGGACAUUAA